UAAUUGAGAGUUUAAAAAAAAAGCGUUAUUCUUCCACCGUCCAGUCCAGCAGCUGUCAACAUAGGCUACAACGGAAAACAGGCGAUAUUGGAAGAUGAACUUGUCAGUCAUUCUCUUGGUUGUGAAUGUGGUUGUCCUUGUUGGAGCUUCAGAUGAUUGGUGUUAUACAAGAUGUGAGAAUACUCCCUCUUACUGGGGCGAUCAUUAUCCCAACUGCAAUAGGGACAGGCAGUCUCCAAUCAACAUCAACACUGAACACGUCAAGGGCAGAAACGACCUGAAGGAAUUCAACCUGGUCAAUUUUACUAAUAAGCAAACCAUGAAACUACUCCUCAAUAAUGGAUACUCAGUGAAGUGUAAGCUGGAGGCCGGUGUGGUGGAGGUCAGUGGCGGAGGUCUCACUCACGAGUACUCCACAAUUCAAUUUCACUUCCACUGGGGACGGGAGGACCUCGAGCACUUUCCUGGGUCGGAGCACUCCAUCGAUGGCCACAGAUACCCCAUGGAGAUGCAUAUUGUCAGUCUGAAGAAAGGCUAUAACACAACUCAGGCCAAAGCAGAUCCGGAGGGCCUCUCAGUGCUGGGAUUCUUUAUUGAUGUGAUGGAAGGGGAUGCGACAGGCAUGCCUGAAGUCUGGAAGAAUUUCUCCGACUUUGUGUCAGAAAUACCAAACAAGGGUGAUAACGCAAGUCUCUCCGCACUGAACAUCUCCAUUCAUGACUUACUGCUGGACGUCGACCUGACCAAAUACUACCGUUACAAUGGCUCACUGACCAGGCCUGGAUGUGAUGAGGCUGUGGUUUGGACUGUUUUUCAACAGCCAAUCCGCAUCAGUGAAGAUCUGAUAAAGAAGUUUUCCAAAAUGACUGGGUUGAAUAACGUAUCCCGGCCUGUACAGCCACUAAAUGGCCGACACGUGUACACAACCGUGACCGAGAAUCACUCCUCUUCUCCCCCCUCAUGCCUCUUCUCCCUCCUUCUGGUCCUGUUGUCCCUCUUUGCUACUCUGUGGAUGAACCAGAUACAGUAGAAUGAUUGCAUUUGUAUAUCUUUUGUCUAUCAUAUUUCAUUGCACCAUAUCACACAGCACCAAUCAUUCCAAAACAGUGCUGCUAAACGCUGAUUUUAAAAUAUAUACAAAUAGAUAAACCUUAAAUAAAUUGUGGAGUAAAAUGUAUGAUAUGUCUGGCAUGAAUAAUACAGUGUAAGGCCAAAAUCACUACUUCGGGUUUUAGAGUAUAUAUUUAGAAUUUUUAUUUAUUGAUGUUUUGUAAAUGGAAGUGGGAACAGGAUUGUAAACUGAUCAUAUUGAUUAAUAUGCAGUUUGUAGAACAUUAAUAUUGUAAAGGGCAGUUCACACCAAGAAGGAUAACGAUCACAUAAGUAUCGCUCUAGCUAACAUGAAUGACAACGUCCAUACGUAAACUAUAGCGAUAACAACAUGACAAAGAUACCGUUGGGGUCAUAGUUAUCAUUCUUGGUGUGACCGGCCCUUAAAUGAGGAAAGAAGUAAACAAAUGUAUUCUUCACUGAUAUCAAUAAAUUAUGGUACUAUCUUCAAGGACAUUGUAAUAAGAUGAUAUAUGAUCAACAAUAAAUAUUGAGACAUUA